CGAGGCCGCGCCCUUGUUCUCGCGGGCGUCGUGCACGAGGUCGUCGCUUCCCGGCGGCGGGAGAAAGCGGGCUCGCGCGUAGGGACGUGUUUUUGUGCUCGCGUGGUCAUGGAGGCGUCCUCGGCUAGCUUCGCCGCGACAACUCUGGCCCCUCGCUGGAGCCAAAAACUACUGCUGCUCUUGCUGCUGCUCUUGCUGCCUACCAGAACUCUGCAGAGCUUGGACAUUGAGGAGAGGCCCCGGACCCGCGAAGAUAAGUGCCACUUUUACGCGGGUGGACAAGUGUACCCCGGAGAGGCGUCCCGAGUGUCUGCCUCAGACCACUCUGCGCACCUAAGCAAAGCCAAGAUGUGCAAAAUUCCUGUCCAGUGUACAAAGCUAAUAGCCACUCUCGGGAAGGACACGUCAGAGUACGUAGAUACUGUGAACGUUUAUAUGCUUAUUAUGAGACUACUGACUUUUCUUUUAACUUUCAGUACAUUUGUGUGUCCAACUGAAAUUAACGCUUUCGGUGACCGAAUUGAAGAAUUCAAAUCCAUAAAUACUGAAGUGGUGGCAUGCUCUGUCGAUUCACAGUUUACCCAUCUUGCCUGGAUUAAUACCCCUCGUAAACAAGGAGGACUGGGGUCCAUAAAGAUCCCACUUCUUUCAGACCUGACCCAUCAGAUCUCAAAGGACUAUGGUGUUUAUCUCGAGGAAGCAGGCCAUACUCUUAGAGGUCUCUUUAUUAUUGAUGACAAAGGGAUCCUAAGACAGAUUACUCUGAAUGAUCUUCCAGUGGGGAGAUCAGUGGAUGAGACACUGCGUUUGGUUCAAGCAUUUCAAUACACCGACAAGCAUGGAGAAGUGUGCCCUGCUGGAUGGAAACCUGGUAGUGAGACCAUAAUCCCAGAUCCAGCUGGAAAACUGAAGUAUUUUGAUAAACAAAACUGAAAAAUACUUCAUUGGGUUUUCAUGCUUGAAAGUUCUCAAUAAAGAGUACCACAUUGCUA